CACUCACGAGCGGCCAACCAAACGAACACUUGCACGGGCUGCACUCCGGUCAGAACCAGAUGGACUCCGCCGCCGCCGUGACCAUGGACGUCAAGCAGGAGGAGCCCGAGAUGGUGGUGCUGGACGACGACGACGGCGACGCGGGCUGCUGCCUGGCGCCGACGCCGCUGGACCUGUCGGCGGCCGCGGCGGUGCCGCCGUUCCUGGCCAAGACGUUCGACAUGGUGGAGGACCCGGCGACGGACGCGGUGGUGUCGUGGGGCGCGGCGCGGAACAGCUUCGUGGUGUGGGAUCCCCACGCCUUCGCCGCCCGCCUCCUCCCGCUGCACUUCAAGCACGCCAACUUCUCCAGCUUCCUCCGGCAGCUCAACACCUACGGAUUCCGUAAGGUGAACCCGGACAGGUGGGAGUUCGCCAACACGGGCUUUCUCGGCGGGCAGCGCCACCUCCUCGCCGGCAUCCGUCGCCGCCGCGGCGCCGACACCGGCCGCCGUCCCGCUGCGGCAUUGUCGCCGUCGUCGUCGUGCGCGGAGGGCGCCGGCGGCUUCGGCCCAGUGGAGGGGGAGCUGGAGCGGCUGCGGCGGGACCGGGAGGCGCUGAAGCGGGAGCUGGCCGGGCUCAAGCGGCAGCAGGAGGAGGCGCGCGCGACGCUGCUCGACAUGGAGCGCCGCGUGGAGGGCACGGAGCGGCGGCAGGAGCAGUGCAAGGCCUUCCUCGCGCGCGCCGUCAGGAGCCCGGCCUUCCUGGCCAACCUGGCGCGCCGCAACGGCCUCAGCGCGGCGGCUCCGGCGUCCGUCAUCGACGGCAAGAAGAAGCGGCGGCUUCUCAACGCCAACUCUUCGCCGCCGCCCGCGGAGGACGGGUUCACAUUCGAGGAGCUGGCACUGGCGGCCGGCGUCGUCGAGGAAGCGGCCGCGCCGACCCGGAGCGGCGUCACGACGGACAUGAUCUGGUACGAGCUGCUCGAGGAGGGGCAGGCGGAGAUAGACGUGGAGGUGGAGGAGCUCGUGGCCGCCGCGGGGGACAUGGAGCCGUGGGAGUUCGGCGAGGAGGAGGUGCAGGACCUGAUGCAGCAGAUAGACUCCUUUGCCGGCCCGCCCAGUUGUUGAAUCUUGAUCGCCUCAUCAGCUCAGCUCGGCACAAUUCACUAGUAUCAUUAUUAGUAGCUAGCAGCAGGGCAUAGUAGCUUUGCAGUUUGAUUAUGAUUAUUACCAUAUGUGUGCUUGUCGUUGCUAAUUCGGAUUCUGCGUGUGUUCGUGCAGGAUCCGGAUGAUGGAGUCUGUGGGGAUGCAAGGUGUGGAAGGGAGCGACAGUCAGUACGCUCCGGAAGUUCAGAUGCCUAGGAACUGGGAAGGUUGCAGAAUUGCAGACAGCCUGGUGAAAAAAUGGUGCUUUCAGGACUACUCCAUUUCAAGUCUAUUUCGUUGAUCCCCCAAAAAGAAGUCUAUUUCAUUGAUCAAUGACAAAUGGACUACUCCAUUUCAAGUCUGUUUCGUUGAUCCCUCAAAAAAGAAGUCAAUUUCAUUGAUCAGUAAUGGUUUCAGCUCAUGAACAUGGAUAACUAAU